AUGGAGAAAAAACGUUCCAAGGGAAGUUUCCUUAGCUUAUUUGAUUGGAAUGCCAAAUCUCGGAAGAAGCUCGUUUGGAAUAAUCCAACAUUACCUGAGGUUUCAAAGCAGGGCAAGGAAAAUCUAGAGAACUUGACAGACUCGCAAUUCUAUAGGAUAAAGGGGGAUGAGAAUGGAGCAAGUCCGAGUGAUAUUGCAAGUGGUGAUUUUAACUGUGCCGUAUCAGGUUGUAGUGAUGAAGGGUGUGGUAGUAAAGCCCCUGGGUUAGUAGCAAGACUCAUGGGUUUAGAUUCGUUGCCGACUUCUGAAGUUGGUGAGCUUUCUGGUGCUUCAUUUUACAAGUCUCACGGAGGUUCUCGUUAUAAUGUGGGUGAUCUUCGUUUCACGGAUGACUUCUGUCGCGCCAACUACUUAAACACACCACUUAAGCCGGAGAAGUCUUCUUGGGACGCCAUGGAAUCAAAGGCACGUAAAAUGGAAAACCGGCCAAUGAAGAGAUUUCAGACAGAAAUGUUGCCUCCUAAGUCAGCUAAACCCAUUCCAGUUACUCACAAUAGAUUAUUGUCCCCUAUCAAGAGUAACGGUUUUCUGCCGCCGAAAAAUGCGGCUCACAUAAUGGAGGCGGCUGCUAAAAUAAUUGAUGGAAGCCCUCAGCCAUAUAUGAGGAAUAGAAUGCUAUCGUCUGGGUCUUCAUCUGUUCCCCUAAGAAUUCUUGAUUUGAAAGAGAGAUUGGAAGCUGCACAAUAUGCACCCAUACCUAGAAAGCAAGCGGAUCCAAACAAUACCAACCCAUCAAACUGCAAGCCGAGUGAGAGGAGCUCUAAUUUGUACAAGUGUACAUCAGCAUUCAAGGGUUCAAGAGAUUCUGAAAAACGUAGUUCGUGUCAUUUAACAAGUAAAGGAAAAUCAGGCUCUCUUACAAUGGCAUCGAAAAACAAUGCUCAAAGCCGAGAUACAUUGGUUUCAAAUGGAAAUAGGAAAUAUAUGAGGCAGAAAGAACAGAAUGAUAUCAAGUCAAACCAGCCCACAAGGAGCCAGAAACCAAAUAUAAACCGAGUGUUGCCGCAGAAAACGAAUGCAAACCGUAACAGCAAUGUGCUGGUGCAGAAUAAUCAAAAGCAAAACGGCAUGAUUUCCAAAGGUAAAUCAGCCUCAAAAAUAGAUUCAAACAAGCCAACUGCGCGGGGUUCUUCUUCUGAAAGUUCUACUGGAAUCAGGAAAGCGACAAACAAGGGUGCGACAAAUGUCAAUAUUCCGCCUAAAAGGUCAGGCUCUAGGGCAACUGAUAACCGAAAGGAGUUUCCCCCAUCCAAAACACAAAGUAUUUCCCAAAAGAAAAAGCAUAACAGCAGAGGUUUUCACGAGGCAAGAAGUCCCGAUCAUGCAAAAAGUGAUUUUGAAAGCAAGUCCAUAAAAUGCAAUUUUACAACCGAUGGAAGUAUUGAUCAGAAUGCAUUUAACAUGAACGAAAGCAGUGAUGUUAUUUCAUUUACAUUUACAUCUCCCUUGAGGAAAAGCAUGCCGGAGUCACUAUCAUCUGACCAAGUGACAGAAACCAGAACUAGAUUUGGCGCCGACUCUCUCGGGCACAGUGAUAAUCUUCAUCCCAAAAAAUUAUCACUAUCUCCUACACAUAUGAUAGAUAGUGAUGCAUUGAGUGUCCUGUUGGAGCAAAAGCUGCAAGAACUAACAUCGAGACUAAACUUACCUCAAUGUACUCUAGCCUCGGAGGAGCCUUCUACCGAUUUGAGAUCUAGUUUGCAAGAUAAAGCAUCCAGUAUCGUAAACACCACAGAUAAGGAACAAGACAAAAUGUUCAGUGAUGAACUUAAUCGAGUGCAUAACUAUCGAUUUUAUUCAAGUGAUGAGCCUGUGCUUAACAUGAAUCAGCAACUGCAGACAUCGGAAGUAAGGGAAGAUCCUAGCUAUAGCAGCAACAAUGAAAGUGGAAAUGAUGUUGGUUGUCAGCAUUCCAACGCUGAUACAAACUUUCCAGGUCCUUCUGUCAGUGAAAGUUACAUGGAUAGUGAAGACAGUAUAUAUGGCAGCACGGUUUAUUCUUCCAUGCAAGAUGAAGAAGUGUCUAGUAUUUCCCAGAUAAACAGAUCUGAAUCACUUGAAAAUGAAGCGAUGUCGUCAGAACAAAGCUCUUCUGUAUCUACCCUGCGCAACAUGUCUGUCACACAAAUAAUCAGAACACCGAACAUGGUAGAUUUUAAAAGAUCAGGCAUUAUGGAACUUGAUUAUGUACAGAACAUACUCAGCAAUGCAGAGUUUAUGGCAGAAGAAUUCAUCAUGGGUCGAACUAACACAGUCAUAAUGCCAAAUCUCUUCGAUCUGUUGGAGAAUUACAGUACCGGUCCAACAUACUGUGAAGAAGAGUGUUCUAAGCUUGAAAGGAAGGUUUUAUUCGACUAUGUGAGUGAAUGCUUAGAGAUAAGAUGCGAACAAGCUUUUGUUGGAAGUUGCAAAUCAUGGCCUAGAUGGGUGACAUCUAUUCGGAGGAAGAACAUCUUGGCAGAAGAAUUGUACAAAGAGAUGUUGGGUUUUAGGAACAUGGAAGAUGUUAUGGUGGAAGAACUUCUGAACAAUGACAUGAGUAGUGGAUAUGGGAAAUGGCUUGACUUUGACAUUGAAGCAUUUGAAGAAGGAUUAGAUGUUGAAGAGGACAUGAUAGAAUCAUUGAUUGAUGAAUUGGUUUCUGAUUUGUUGGUUGUUUAA